CAAGCCGCCGCUCUUCGCCGCCGCCGCUUCACAUCCCCGCCAGACGCCGCCCCUACGAGUCAAACGACCUCCGCGAAUAGUCAGACUUGACAAGAAUGGCAGAAGACACCCCUGUGGACAGCCCCAAACGCAAGCGUGGACGCCCACCAAAGCCUGAAAUUUAUAAAGUCAUGGCUGAAGACAACCCCACUGACAGCCCCAAGCGCAAGCGUGGCCGUCCCCCAAAGCCAGAGAGCGAGAAGGCAGCAGCUAAGCGCAAGGCUGCGGAUUCUGGAGAUGAUUCUGCCCCCAAGAGGGGACGAGGCCGCCCCAAGGGUAGCAAAAACAAGAGCAAGAAGGGCUCCCCAGCAAAGGGCACUGGCAAGCGAGGGCGCCCCCCAAAGAAUGCCCCCAAGGAGUCUGCCUCGGAGGAGUCUGCUGAAGAUGCAGAGUAAAUUUAGUGUUGUGGGAGGCACCAUUACCCCCCUGUCACAGGGCUGCUGUUAAAGGGGAAUAAAUAAUAAAACAAAAAAAAGCAUAAAGACCAAUCCAGUGUGGGAAGACCUCAUUCCCCAUUUUUGGUCACUGUGCAACUUGGAACAGGCACUCAGAUUAUAUUGCUUUUGAAGGCUUUGAUUUAUAUACACCUUUAUACCUGUGGCAGCCCUUGUAUACCCCUACGUUGUGUGUGCUUCUUUAAUGCCUACAUCAAGUCUUUAUACUUCCAAAUAGCCAAAAAAGUACCUAUUUUUCUAUGUAUUUACAUCAGUAAUGGCUUCAUGAGUAGAGAAUGUAGGUAGGGGUGCAGAGGGUAUGGUGGUGUGGUCUGCAACAAUUCCUAUUAUUAUUUUUUCAUGUUUCUUGUAGGUGUUAUCAGUGAAAGUGGUUUAAAAAAUUCAAUGCUAUUCUCUCUUCAGAGUACAAAAUGUGUAGUGCAUUAUUAUUAUGUUUAUUUUGUUAAUUUCUUGAGAGAGAAAACAUAUUUUUAAGUCAGCAUUCACUUGCGGGAAAAGAUCUGAAAAUUGUCCCUUAAUCACCUUCACCCAUUCAUGUUUCUUCAUUAUGAUCAAUUACAGAUCAAUAGUUUUCAGCCUUUUGCUAUCCCCUUCAUUUUGGGACCAACUAUUCCCAAGCAAUUGGUAUUUUAUAUUUUGUCCAGGGUAAUUCACCCUGUAAUAUUAUUUUACUUUGUACCAAUAAAAUUCAUUUAGUUGUAACA